UUAUUUUCCAUUGGAAAAGUUAGUGAAUUCUCUACUAUUGGUUGAGAAAAACAGGGUUUUCUUUGUUGUUUUGUUUAAUCUCAAUAACCAAAGAGGUUGGGCAGAAGAGUUUUCUAGUUGAAUUUUUUUCUCUGCCAUUUGUAACGUCGAAAAAAGUUAUUGAGAUUGAAUUUUAGGCCAUCAAACAAAAGCAAGAGACAACAAAAAAACAAAGAAAAAAAAAAAGAGAAGAAUGGCAUUCACAGGAACAUUGGAUAAAUGCAAAGCUUGUGAUAAGACUGUUUAUUUUAUUGAUUUGUUGUCCGCUGAUGGAAUAACUUAUCAUAAAUCCUGCUUCAAAUGCACCCAUUGUAAAGGCACUCUUGUGAUGAGCAACUACUCCUCUAUGGAUGGAGUCCUCUAUUGCAAGACUCAUUUUGAACAACUUUUUAAGGAAUGUGGAAAUUUUAGCAAGAACUUUCAAACUUCUAAGCCUGACAAGGAAAAUGCACUGACUAGGACUCCAAGCAAACUCGCCGCCAUGUUUUCUGGAACCCAAGAUAAAUGCGCAGCCUGCAACAAAACUGUCUAUCCACUUGAAAAGGUGACAAUGGAAGGAGAAUCAUUCCACAAGUCAUGUUUUAAAUGUGCUCAUGGAGGGUGUCCUCUUACACAUGCAACCUAUGCUUCACUUGAUGGAAUCCUCUAUUGCAAGCAUCAUUUUGCACAACUCUUCAUGGAGAAAGGCACUUAUCAACAUGUCCUUGAGGCUGCAAAUAGUAAAAAGAAUGUUGAAACAGCAGUUAAUGAAGUACCUGAAGAGGAAUCUACUAAGGAAACAACAGAUGAGAAAAUAGAAAAGGAGCCUGAUGAGGAAAAGUCACAAGAAUCCUAAGAUAUUGAUAAAAUUAAAAUUUUUUGAAAAAAAUCCAAAUUUGUUUUUUGUAUUUCUGAUCCGUAAAUAAAGCUUUUCCUUUUCUUUUUGUGAUUAAUAGACACACCCUCUUGUUGUAAUCAAAUUUCUUGCUGUAUUUUUAUUCUCCGCUUUAUGUUUCUUUUCGAGCUUGUAAACAAGUUAAUAAGAUAACUAUAUAAAUUUGAUCAUGUUAGAAUAGCAAUUUCACUAUA